AUGAAAAAAUUUGAGAAAUUUUUUAAUUUUUACAAAGCAAAGUUCGACAAUACCGAGUCUUCUCAAAGUCAAACAUGUGCUCAUGAAGAUGCAAUUAUGCUUGAUGACGAAAAUGACUUUAUGGGUGAUUUAAUAGUACAAGCGAAUUACCCAUCAGCAUCUACAGAAACGGAGUUGACACAAUACCUAAACGAGCGACCACUUAAAUACAAUAAAGAUUUUGACAUUCUACUUUGGUGUAAACAAAAUGCAUCUCUUUACCCUAUUCUAGCUCGUAUUGUGAAAGAUAUUUUGGGAUUAAAAAUUUCUACUGUGGCGUCCGAGGCGGCUUUUAGUACAAGUGAGCGGAUAUUAGAUCCAUAUCGAACAAAUUUGUUCGCUAAUAUAUUAGAGGCCUUGGUUUGCACCCAAGAUUGGGUAAAGAAAUCAAGAAAUUCAGUUGUGGACAACAUUGAUGAAGUUUUGAAAGAUGAUGACGUCGCAAAAGGAUUGGAAAACGCGAUAAACAAUGGAGGCACUCUAGUUCUUCCCUUUUCAUCUGCCUCUCUUCCAUUCAGAAUACAACCGAAGAAAGCUUCUAUACCUUAUACACCAUACACAACUCAGAAAUCGCUCCAACAAUCUACGAAAAUGGCAGAACCAACACACGAUCCUCCUUCAUCAUCGGAAAUGUCUGAAACAACAACUCACCCUCAUUCUCAUUCAUCAACAGACGAAUUGCAUCAAGAUCAUGGUAAUUACUCCAUGAAAGACGUAAUAAUGUGGAGGAAAAAGCGAGUUAGUUUAGGGGUGGUGACCACCGCGACGGUUUUAUGGGUGGUGAUGGAAGUUUACGGCUUCAAUUUCAUCACCGUCGCUUCAUGGAUUGGCAUCUUUCUCGUGUCAUCUCUUUUCACUUGGGCUAAUGUUUAUAAGCUCAUUUACAAAGAGGAGCCGAGUAUGUCGGGGCUAGGGAUAUCGGAGAAGACAGUCACCGGAAUUGCAAACUGGAUAAGGGUUUCCGGCGAGGAGGCGAUGAGGUGGGUGUUUAAAGUUGGUGCUCAAAGCGAGUGGUAUGUUUUUGCGGCGGCGGUUGCUGGACUGUGGCUACUUUCCGUCAUUGGCAGUUGUUCAGACCUACUUACUCUUCUAUACAUAGGAACUAUGGUGGGUAUGAGUGCGCCUGUGAUUUGGAUGAAAUAUGAUGAUAAGAUAAGGGAGCAUGGGGAGAGGUUGCAGAUGCAGAGUAUGAAAUUUUACAGUACGAUGAAGAAGAAUGUGCAGAAUCUAAUGGAUAAAGUCAAAGACAAAGUCAACUCACCAGGAAAGGAGGCGAAGGAGAAGAAAGUUGAAUAGAUUAGAACUAUUAUGAUUUAUGACGAUUGUCUAGUAUGUUAAGUGUCGAU